AUGGCUCCCACGCUGUGCCCCGCAGACAACGGGCCUCCACAACAGGGAGCAAGCACAGAGGGCUCCUUGCCUACUUCCAAGGACAAAGCUCCAUCGGGGGAUUCCAGCGUCUACAACAACUUCCGGCGCUGGCAGCAUUUCAAGACCCUGGCCCGCAGGCACCUCCCGCAGAGCCCUGAUGCCGAAGCUCUAGCCUGCUUCCUCAUCCCGGUGCUGCGCACGCUGGCCCAGAGGAAGCCCAGCAUGCCACUGGAUGAUGGCAUGCGGAUUGCCAUGCGGGAAUGGCAGCACAAGAGCAACUUUGACCGCAUGAUCUACUAUGAAAUGGCAGAAAAGUUCACGGAGUUUGAGGCAGAGGAGGAGAUACAAAUUCAAAACCUGGGGUGGAAGAAAGAGAACCUGUGCCAGCCCCCGCCAACACCACAGCAGCUGGCUCCUCCUGGGCCCCCAAGCCCUGUGGCCCUCCAGCAACCAGAGCAUGCCCGCAGGAAGAACAGCUCCAAAGCUCUGCCCAACAAACCCUUGCCACAAAGACACCAGGCCUCUCGGGAAAGGACACCCAAGGAGAUCCCUCCAGAGGCCGUGAGCGAGUACAUGGACAUCAUGGAUGCACUGCUGGAGCUGGGGCCCUCUGCCUCGGGCCAGCCCAGUGAACAGCCAGAAGAGGACGGCAUGCUGCAGCCCCAGCAGGAGGGACUGGGCCCCGACCCAGAGCUCCUGAGUUACCUUGACCAGCUGUGCUCCCAAGAUGACUUUGUCACCAAGGUGGAGACCAUCAUCCAUCCACGAUUCCUGGAAGAGCUCCUUUCACCAAAUCCACAGCUGGAUCUCAUGGCCCUAGCCGAAGAGCUGGACAAGGACAAGGAGGAAGGGCUGAACCCUGACCAGGUGGUGGACAAGAACCUCUGGCCCUUGAAGACGGAUGGCACCAUGCGGGAAAAACCCAGGCCUGCGACACCCCUACUGGAAGCCAGUACUUCGGAUUCCAGAGCCCUGCAAGGCACACAGAGAGAUGACCGUGCUCCCAGCCCUGGGCUCAGUGCGGAGACCUCCGCCCAAAGCAUGUCUUGCUGGAAGCCUGAGAGAUGCGUGGUCCCAGACACCCGCCUGUCCAUGCACAAAGACAAUGCUGGCUUCUCUGGGGACAAGACAUGUCCUUUACUGGGGGACAUUAGGCCCACUUCUCCCAGAGCCCCUUCCACACAGGUGCCCAAGGCAGCCAGGGCUUCACAAGGACAAUGCUCUGUGGAGGAGCCACCACCAGUCGUGGAUCUGACUGGUGAGGACGACGAGGAACUGCCCAGCCUGGCCUUCUUCCUUGAUUCACAGCACCAUCUGCUGCCCUUGAGACUUGCCCAGAGCCAGGUCUCUGCUGAGGACCUGCCUUGUCCUGCACCUGGGAAACCAGGCAGAGCACACAAGCCCACCUCCAAUCUUGGAAGGGCCUUCACUGGUCCUCCACCACCUGCUACCAAUAGCAAGAAGCAGGCUCUUCUAGCGGACCCAGGCCCUAGACUAAACAAGCCUUGCCCGAGGGCUGGCUCCAAGGCCUCUGCAGAACAGGCCCCAGCUCUGGAGUCUGUGCCACACUGCCAGGCUCACAAGAGGAAGGCUGACUCCUGGGGCGAUAUAAACAAAAAGAUGCGAUACUGA